AUGGGUCACUAUGAGAAACCCGUGGUGGAGGAAUUGCUUCAGGCUUUGACAUUGGAGGAGAAAGUCUCCCUGCUGGCGGGGAAAAAUAUGUGGGAGACAAUGAACGUUGACAGGCUGGGGAUCCCUAGCUUGAAGAUGACCGAUGGGCCAGCUGGAGCGAGAGGGUCGAAAUGGACAUACGGUUCACUGACGACUUUCAUUCCUUGUGGUAUUUCAUUGGCGGCCACGUUUGAUCCGGAGUUGGUUCAGAAAGUGGGCAGCGUUCUAGGGCAGGAGACACGACGCAAGCACUGCCAGGUCCUUCUAGCACCAACAAUGAAUUUGUCCCGUUCACCACUAGGUGGUCGCAACUUCGAGGGCUACGGCGAGGACCCAUACCUGAUUGGAAAGGUAUCGACUUCCAUGAUCCAGGGGAUCCAAAGCCAGGGUGUUGCGGCAUGCAUGAAGCACUUCAUUGCGAACGACACCGAAACGCGGCGCUUUAAUGUCGACCAAACCAUUGACGAGCGCACUCUGCGUGAAGUAUACAUGAAGCCCUUUGUGAUGGCUCUUGAUGCGAACCCAUUGACCGCUAUGGUGAGCUAUCCAAAGAUAAACGGAUACCACGCCGACUUGAGCCCUUCCAUCCUGAAGCCGCUUUUGCGUGAUGAAUUAAGAUUUGACCGGAUAGUCAUGAGUGACUGGGGGGGAUUAAACAGCACCGUUGAGAGCUUAAUUGCCACUACCGACUUGGAAAUGCCGGGACCAGCAGUGAGACGUGGUGACAAGCUCCUGGCUGCCAUAGCACAAGGUCAGAUCGACGUCGCGAAGCAUGUGGAUCCAAGUGUGCGACGGAUCCUGGAGCUACUGGAACAGGUCGGUCUGCUGUCCUGCUCAUCAUCUGGUGGUUCUCUAAAGGGCGAUGAGGCUGAAUCUGAGAAAGCGCCAGACGACCCGACAUUUCAUCGGAUCGCUCGCGAGGCUGCCCAGGAUGGUCUCGUUCUCCUGAAGAAUGAAGGUCUCUUACCCUUGCAGCUCUCCGCUCUACAAAAGGUUGCUAUCUUGGGCCCCAAUGCCCGCCGUCCGACUGCGGGUGGCGCUGGCAGUGCUGCUGUCAAUCCAUUUUACGUCACUACGCCUGAAGAAUGCAUUACGACAGCCAUCCAACAAGCUAGCCCACAGACGGAUAUUGCUUAUGAGCAAGGCAUUCCGUUUAGUCUCCGCCCACCACUACUAGGUGCCACGCUCACCAUACCUGACGGCUCCCGGCAGGGGCUUGAGGUAACUUUCUACUCCGGACACGAGUUUCAGGGACCCGUAGUAGCAACCAGCUACUGGGAUGACUCCCUUGUUUAUCUCUUUAGUGACGGUGAUGUGCCAGAAUCGCUCAAGGGCCGCCCAUACUGCUACCAGGCAUCCGGCAUUGUGACACCCCAGGUAUCUGGUUGGUAUACGUGGAGUGUGGCCAAUACAGGCAAAGCGAAGCUGUUUAUCAACAAUGAAAUGGUUAUUGAUAAUACGGAGUGGUCACGGAUAACCGGAGGCUUCCUAGGAUGCUCCAGUGAAGAUCGAACAAUUCGGAUGCAUUUAGAAGCAGGAAAAGCAUAUCGGCUGAGGGUGGAUAAUGUAGUGACCCUGCCACCUUUCGAAUCUUUUGAUAACACCCUCUUUCCGAAUGUCUCAGGCCUGCGGGUUGGUCUUGCCCUGGAGCAGGAUGAGGGGGCAUUGCUGGGCCGCGCCGUGGAAUGCGCUAGGUCAUCCGAUAUAGCUAUCGUUGUUGUCGGUCACAAUAAGGACUCCGAGGGCGAAGGCGGCGAUCGCAUCGACAUGCAAUUGCCAGGCCGGACGGAUGCCCUCGUGCAGGCAGUCUGCGAUGCCAAUCCUAAUACAAUCGUUGUCGUUCAGGCAGCCAGUGCAGUAACAAUGCCGUGGGUGAACCAAGCCCGCGCAAUUGUCAUGGCCUGGUACCAGGGCCAGGAAAACGGGAAUGCCUUGGCAGACGCUCUCUUAGGCCACUGUAACUUCUCUGGUAAAACUCCGAUCACUUUUCCUCGCCAGCUGGAGGACCACGGUUCUCAUGCAUGGUUCCCGGGGCGGGCAGCCCACGACUCAUGCGAGUUUGGGGAGCAAGGGUUGGUUGGAUAUCGUCACUUCGAUAAGGCCGGUAUCAAGCCUCUAUGGCCGUUUGGAUAUGGACUAUCUUACACGCGGUUUGAGGUCACUGACAUUCGUAUUGAUGGGUACAUGACCACUACAACAGCGUCCACCAUCUCAGUCCACGCUCGCAUCACCAACGUUGGUGAACAAGCUGGCUCUGAAGUAUUACAGGUCUAUGUUAGCCCUUCUGAACGGAUUGAAAAGAGAGGGCUAGUCACGUAUGAAAAAACGCUGGCUGGAUUUUCCAAGGUGUUUGUACCUGUGGGAGAAUCGAAAGACCUCACUAUUCCGAUCGGCAAGGGAGAAUUGCGUUGGUAUGACGAAGAGGCCCAUUCAUGGAAGAUAGAUCCAGGCAGGUACCGCUGCUUCGUCGGCACCAGUGUGGUGGAUAUUCUCUGCGAACUGGAAUUCCAUGUGGUGUAG